CUUUAUUUUGAUUUUAUCGGAAAUUAAAACGAUUGUAUAUUUUUUAGCUUGGCGGCGCUAGUGUCGCUUUAGAUCAUUCUCGAAGUCUGUAAAAGUUUUUUAUUCGAAUUGACCAAUCACGUACGAGAUUGUCACGUGUACUUUUGCGCAUGCGCAUGACGGGACUGAAAACUUGACACUAGACGCGACAAGUAAAAACAUGUUACACUGUUAAUAUUAGGGCAGUGUAGCAAGACAUGGACGAAGAAAGGUUAAAAAAUAAUAACCCGUGGACGAACUUGUCAACCUUAACAACUUUUGACAGAGGAAAUGACGCGUGGAUAAGCCACUGCACGCAGAAAGCUGCUCAAAUACAAACUGGCGGAGAAAUUGUUCGUCGGGUUUUCCCUUCAACGAGUUUUCUUAUCGAAUCUUUAAUUCAACAACUAUGUGUGAUGUUCGAGGAGGACUCAGUUCGCAGGAAAAGACUCUAUAUCAAAAUUUGCAACAAACUGCAUCAGAUGAAAUUAAUCGAUGGUUCAUAUAACAUGGCAGAGUUUGACACAAUCCGCAGCCAGUACCAAACGGCACUGUGCCAACUGGUAUCGGUUGCAAGAGCUUCGACGGGAAGUGACAAUGCUUUAGGACUUUCUGGACUAAUGUUCGGAUGGUCCCGCUACUGUAGAGAAUUUGAAGAAAUCGAAUUCAUCGCUCGUGGUGGAUUCGGUUGUGUUUAUAAGGCCUUACAUAGAUUAGAUGAUACCGAGUAUGCAAUAAAAAAAAUCGUAGUGGAAUAUAGCAGAAUGAAUACCAUUGUACAACAUUUAGAAGAAGUUAAGACUAUAGCGAAACUCAAUCAUAUGAAUAUAGUGCCAUACAAAAAUGCUUGGAUUGAAAUGGCAUUCCCAUCAACUUUUGGUCCAAAUGUUGUAAGUUAUGAACAGAGCAACAGAGACCAAUUACAGCCAUCUUCUGAGAAUAACAAACAAGCCGACUAUUAUUUAACGAAUCAUCGAAUGCUCAGUUCGUCGAUUUCUCAGUCACUGGAAGAGAAUUCCUUCCACAUGCGUCAACAAACCGUUGAAAACAAUCAAUCUCAACAAACUGAAGAAAUGAACUCUGACGUUGUAUCUUUUAAGUCUAGCUCUAAUAGAAACAAUAUAUUUAGUCACUUUAAGCAACAAGAAUCUUUAGUUACAAAUAGCAACGAUAGUGAAUCAGAGGAAGAAUCUGUUAACGAUGGUCAACUGUGCCCAUACAAUUCUGGAAAGAAUAUCCAGUAUGUAACAUUGUAUAUUCAAAUGGCACUUUGUGAGAAGACGUUAAGGCAGUGGUUAGACAAAAGACAGGAUUUUACCCCACAAUCAGUAAUAUCCUCCAUAUUCACACAAAUAAUCCGUGGAUUGGAAUAUAUUCAUUCUCUUGACAUCGUUCACCAUGAUAUAAAACCUAGCAAUAUUUUCGUGUCUUCAUCAGGACGUUUACAAGUUCAAUUAGGCGAUUUUGGUCUCGCUUGUCCAUUACAAGGGGGAACUCAUUAUUCCGCUAUCGGUACGCAGAUGUAUGCAGCACCGGAACAAUUGCAAGGCAAAUGUAGUUCUAAGAGUGAUAUUUAUAGUUCGGGAAUCGUCCUUUUGGAAUUGCUAAUUCCCAUGCAAACCAAGAUGGAAUGCAGUCGCACAGUUGACGCAUUUAAAAAUGGACAGAUACCUACUACACUCACCGCUAGAUAUCCAAAAUGGGCUUCUUUAGUCAGUCGAUUAAUACAAUUUGAUCCAAACAAUCGUCCAUCUACUCAUGAACUCUUGCGAGAAUUAAGUGAUGAUAAGGACUCGAUAAUAUCAAGACUAAAAAGCGACAAUGAAGAAAAGAACGUUACAAUACGAAAUCUGCAAGAUCAAGUUGAAAGGCUGGAAGCUCGAAUUUCAGAGCUCACUUUCUGUUCCAGUACUCAAUAAUAAUUAGUACCAGCGAAUUACUAUAUACUGAACCGUGACUAUAGAAAAUGCCGAUUUUUUAAUUGUUCAAUGUAUUCGCUUCAAAUUUCAUAUUUUUCAUACAAGAGAUUUUUUCCACAGCUUUUUUGUGAUAUUAUUGCCUUGCAGUAAUUUUGACUGAUUCUUAUAAGGCAACGAAUAAGUCUCAGUUUACUGCGAAGCAGAAUUAAUCAAAAUAUAUAAAUAUUAUUGAACAAUUAAAUUUCCGGGUGAGGCUGUAAUUAUUUAUAAUACUAUUUAAUACCAUUGACUUUAGAUAUACUUAAAUUACACUUGUAAAUACAUAUUAAUUUGGAAUGUUUACCUUAGGGACGGAAUUAAGCUGUACAUACAAAAUAUUUUAGUAAUUUAGAUAAUAAGUAUAAUUUGUAAGCAUUUUUAUGAUUGUCUCAACCCAUUGUAUAUUGUACCCUUGUCCCCUUUCAAUGCCUGUUUAUUAAAUACGAUUCCAUUUUUUUUUGUA